GAGUGCAUUUCGUUCCAUCAGAAAACCAGAAGAAAGCACGAAGCUUUCUCUCUCUAACUCUUUCUCUCUAGAGUUUUAGCCUUCGAGUUUCAUUUACUUUUUGAAUUGGGAAUUCAGAUUCGAAUUCGUAGAGCUGGCCUAUGUGAAUGUAGAGGAUCCAAUCGAAGCUUUUUCUCUGAGUCUGCGAGAGCUUGGAGAGAUACAUUCCAAGAGUUUCCGAAGUAGAAUUCGAUUGCGAUUUUGUUGGGCUCAUUUCGAAGAGAUUCGACCCGUUUUCUGAAGAAAUCUCAACUAGUUUUCUGAGAGUAUCAGGGAGACGAGCUCUGAAUUUCGAUCGUUUCGUCGAUUUUUGGGUGUAGAUUUGCAUUUUGCGGUCUCAAAGGCCGAGCAGAACAAGAUUUCCCAGAAAAAGCAAAACUUCAACUUCAAGUUCUGGAUUGUAGGUGGUUGAGAAAUCUGAGCAUUACAGAUGGAAAGGGACCGUACCAGCAGUAGAGAUAGAACCGGCGGGGAUGCAUUCCGUCUCCGCCGAGGUUGCGAUCCGACACCAAACGACGUCGGACUUCGUUUUGCAGUGGGGGAACCGCAAGCGCCUCCGGUGUAUGAAGAUCCAGGUCAAGGAGAAGGACGACUCGAGCGGCGCCCCGGUUACCCGAACCACGGUCCGGGUUGAUCGCCGGGUCGUUCGACCCGAUAAGGACUUGGCCAAUCAGCCUUCCACCACCGUUAAUCAGACGAGUAACGGGUAUUUGAAUCUCCGUCAACGGCCGUUAUCUCCGCAGCAACCGCUACCUCAGCGUAUUCUCAGAAACUCAGAGAUUACGAGCGCUGCUGCCAUGAGAGGCCAGAGCAACGGCGGAGGAGGGGUGAGGGGAAUUACCUCGCCGGACAGGGGUGCGCACGAUAAGAAAAACCACCACCACCAUAAUGAGAUUAAUCAUCACAACAAGUCUGCAGCGUCUUCGGACACGGCGCACGAUAGCAAGAAGGGCGGGUCUUCGUCGGGGAGCGGAGAGGCGGCGGCGGGGCCACCGAUGGUGUGGCCGCCGAAGUUCGUGAUUGCUUUGACCAAUAAAGAGAAAGAGGAGGACUUCAUGGCGAUUAAAGGGUCCAAAUUGCCUCAGAGACCAAAGAAGCGUGCCAAGUUCAUCCAACGCACCCUCAAUCUUGUGAGCCCGGGAGCAUGGCUUUGUGAUCUGACGCUGGAACGGUACGAGGUCCGGGAGAAGAAGAUUUCCAAAAAGAGACCAAGAGGGUUAAAGGCAAUGGGCAAUGUGGUGGAGUCUGACUCUGAAUAAAACGAGGUUUAGUAAAAAAAGAUAGAAUUAUAGGGUUUGUGUUGAUGACGAAGAUGACAAGGUUGAGAGGAUCUUAGUUUUCUUCUUCUUCCUUUUUUGCCUUCGUUUCGAAGGGAUGAGAAAAUGUUAGAACUCUGUAAAUCUUCCACCUUUCAACAGUCUGAAAUAAUGAACGGAUUUGAUUUCCGUUUGUGUA